AUCGGAGAACGCAGAGCCAAUCGGCGAGCUGCUCGGGCUGGACUGAGGGCAAAUCCAAAGAACUGGAAAAAAUCAAAAAUGGCGCCCAGCUCGAAAUCUGAGAAAGAUGACAACAAACAAAAACAACAGAGAAAACACAAAGAUCACGUCAUCAAACUCCUCACGCGCGGGCGGCUGAAUGGGCAGCUCUCUCAGCGGCUCUUCCGAAAGCUCCCUCCACGUGUCUGCGUCCCGCUGAAGACCAUCGUCAGUGAGGAGUUCCUCAGAGCAGGGCACAUCUUCCUGGGCUUCACCAAGUGCGGCCGGUACGUGCUGUCCUACACCAGUGACUGUGGAGAGGACGAUGACUUCUCUUUCUACACCUAUCACCUGUACUGGUGGGAGUUUAACCUGCACAGCCGCCUCAAACAGGUGCAUCAUGUGCGUUUGUUUGCGGGUGAGGACAUCUACACCGAUCUCUAUCUGACCGUCUGCGAGUGGCACAAUGAUCAUUCCAAGCUGGUUGUCUUCGGCUUUAACACACGCAGCUCCAGUUCAGCCCUGAUGAACAUGAUGAUGAGUGAUGAGAACAACAGAGACAUCUACAUCACCAUCACCUCGAUGCCUCCUGCACAGCCGUGCAAACAGUGCUGUCCCACGUCCUCCGUAUCCACCAUACGCACAGGUGGCGAGUGUCUGCAGCACGGUUACGUUCUGAACGCUCGCUAUCAAGUGGUUUAUCCAUUCCCGACCUUCCAGCCGGCGCUGCAGCUGAAGAAGGACCAGGUGAUUCUGCUCAACACCAGCUACUCUCUGGUGGCCUGCGCCAUCUCCCUCUGCCCAGGAGACGGGCAGCAGGAUUGUCAAAACAAUCAGAUCUUGUACCGAAAGAGAGAAGCUUCUUCCUCUUCUCCUCCUGCUGGACCUAUAUCACCAUCCUCAUCCUCAUCCUCAUCAACCUCAUCUGAGGAGUCAUCUAACAUCAGACAGUCAAAGCCCCAUUUUACCCCGCUCUCCCCCGGCCAAUCACAGGCUGCUGUGCGGGCCAGAGAGUUUGCAGCUGACAUUUUCCGCCGAGCCCAGGCUGGAACAAGGGAACACGACAGGUGCAAAACCAAAGAGAAAGAAGAGACUGAAACCCAGCGAUUCCCCAGCGAGGAAGACCGAACGACAGAGGGACAUGAACGAGACGCUGAGGUCCCAGGACCCUCGUCUUCCUCCUCGGGAGAGAACCAAUGUUCAGUGCCGCCCACAGAGGCAGAGGAAAGCGCUGUGUGUAACACAGUCAUGUCUCCUGGAUCCACCUCCUCCGUCUCCUCUCUGUCUCCACAUGCUCAUGAGCCUUCAUCCUCCUCUUCGUCCUCAGAACCUUCUUACGUCAACUACACCACUCUCAGAUACAGACUACCACAGGCUGGAGCGGCAGAGCAGCCGAGCGGAGAGGAAGAUGAUAAAGUCCAGCUUCCUUUCACUGUGACGGAUCUGAAGGGACGAAACUUACAGCUGGUGACGGGACAGUACAGCGGUCAGUGUGUGUGUAUCGAGCAGCUGACGCUGGAUUUCGAGUAUCUCAUCAACGAGGUCAUCAGGAAUGAUGCUGAUUGGGGCUCCCAGUUCUGUUCCUUCAGCGACUAUGACGUCGUCAUCCUCGAGGUUUGCCCGGAGACCAACAAAGUGGUGAUCAACAUCGGGCUGCUGCUACUGGCGUUCUCUAAUUGUGAGGAUGAGCACUGCAGACCGAAGUCGUAUCACUCCAGUCUGCAGGUCAGUUGGGAUUUAAACACAGGAGCGUGUCACACAGUGGGUGUCGGCGACCUCACUGAGGUCAAAGGUCAGACCAGUGGAAGUGUGUGGAGCUCCUACAGGAAGUCAUGUGUGAACACCGUCAUGCGGUGGCUCGUCCCAGAGAGCAGCUCACGCUACAUCAACCGCAUGACCAAUGAGGCUAUGCAUAAAGGUUCUUCUCUCCAGGUGUUGGCUGAUAAUGACAGAGGCACGUGGAUCGUCCUGUGAGAGAGACGACACUCACACUCACACUGCUCCUUCAGUGCUGCUCUACAGACUCUAUACAGUCCAAACGCACCCGCUCUCAGUGUUUCCGUCAUGUUUGUCAUGUGUGUCUGUGGGAAAGGAUUAUUCAGGGACCUGCAGCCAGAUAAAGACGCGUUUGGGCCAAACAAAUCCCACCUGUAUGGAUGACGCCGCUGGACCUCUGGGAUCAUCGCAUCGCACCUUUGACUUUAUGAAACACGCCAACAGUCACCAUUCAGAUGCAAAACACGGCUGAAGAACUCAAUGUCUGUCUCUGUUAAACUUGCACACUUUGCCCACACACUUGUUUUGAUGUUAGUGUAAUGAAACGAAGUAGUUGGUUUUGUGUUUGAAAAUUGCCCAAAGUUGGAAAGUGCAACAGUACGUUUUCAUGGGCGGAAAGCAACAGCAGAGAAGGAAAGCUGCUUUGUUGCGAUAUGUUUUGUUUGUUUCAGGAUGCAGUUGUUUACAUUGUUUAGACAUCGUGUCAUCAGCCAAUCAGAAGCUGUCGACCCCUCCCGCCCUUUUUUAAUAGUGGUCGUGGCCUCACAGCUGGACUGGAUGAGAACAUUGUUUUUACGCAACAUUGUUUUACUUUAUUUUUGAUAAAAUUAAAAAUUCCUUGAAUACUU